GCUGAAUGAUCUUUCGGCUUUUUCGGCGCUACUUGGUCAGGGCACCUUCCCUCAUACAGAACUGGCGCCCUUUCUCGACUGCACCGCACCACACACCAGCAGCAGCAGCAGCAGCGGCACCAUCAGCUGCAGCAGACGAUGAGUCCCCCUACCCCGACGACCUUCUAGAUCUCGCCGGCGACGAUGACGACGACAUGGACGACACUGACUCGCCUGAGGCCAUCGACAGGAAGCUCCAGGAAGCCGGCCUCGCUUCCCCUCAGGCAGCGGCCAUGUGGCACAUGAGCGCAGGGCGGCAGCGGGAGCACGGUGCCGCCGCAUCAUACAGAGAUGACGCAGAGGACGACCAUUAUGCGUUGUGGAAUCCUCGGCGGGUCAGCCCCUUCACGCCACGAGGCCAGGAGGGCCCCUACCUCAGGUCGUCCCUCACGACGUUCAGCAACUCGCCUCGAGCGCGAGACCGGCGGAGAGCCUUGCUGACUCUGGUGGACUAUGAGGCCAUUUACAGGGAGCAAGACGAGCGGGCCAGGCGCAAGGAAGAGGCGAAAGCGCGGAGAGCUGCACAGACAUCUCCCGCACCGCGGCAGCAAGACGACCACGCCUACGCCUAUCCCGCCUCGCCUGUUUCUCCCAUUGUCCGUGCAGCACGUCGAGCGGUGGACGACAGCUUUGUUGGGGCGGGCAGCCGCGCGACGAGGCCUGACGGGACGCCCACAUCGCUGUCGCUAUCGGCGCCAUCACGGUGGCGAACAAGGCUGCCCGGCGGCCCGCCGAAUGUGUAUAAGGUCAAGGUGCUGGAUGUGGAUAGGCUGCCCAUCAAGGAACUGCACUCCCUCUUCAUGUACACACUUGUCAGAAGGUGAAAGAACACCCAACACAAACACGGCCCAGGCCCAGAGAGAGCACCACAGCAUGCAAGUGUUGUGUGUGGUGAAUGUCUGUCUGUCUGUCUGCAGGCUGCCGGCGGAGAAGUGUGUGCGUGUGGCGUCCCGCAUAGCGGCGCUGCGGGACAAGCCGACGCAGCGCAACUACGAGCACUUCAUCCGCGACGUGCAGCGGGAGUUCAGGGUCAACUCCCCCAGCCUGCUGGCCUACCUGCUGCGGUGCCACCAGACCAUCGCCGUGCCCUAUAUGGUCGACUACAUACGCAAAUACGGACAUGUGAGCUAAGCUGAGCACCAAGGCGCCGCACCCAGCCAUAUAUACGCAUUGCAUGGCGGUCACAUCAAAGAAGAGAGGGGCUGUGUUAUGUGUGUGGGUCGAUGAUGAACCAGUUUUCUCGCGGUUUUAUCGCGGCUCAGAUAGAGCGGAGCCUCCACCCUCGCCUCUUCGACUUCGCCAGGUAGGUGUGUGUGGGCGGGGCGGGAAAGGCAAUGAUAUCAGCAAGCCUAGGAGUUUCUUGUCAUAUUGUAUUGUAUUGUAAUGUGUGUGUCGUUUGCGUGUGUAUGUGUGCAGGUUUCAGGACAAGGGUGGCAUCCGGCCUCUCCCGAUGGUCAUCACGCGCCCCUGGGCGUUGAACAGCUACGUGCGGCUGAUGGCCAAAUCGUCGACCAAGACCUACCUCAAGGAAGCACUCUACUACUACGGACAUGUGCGCAUGCGCACCACAACAACCAACAGCCAUCACACGUGCCCUCAGUCACGGCACUGAUCGAUUCACCACACCAUGUCGGUGUGUGGGCGUGUGUCAGAUUGCCCCCCGCCAUUUGAGUCCUGAGCUAGAUGAGACCGUCGGAGCGGAAGUCAAGGUCCACGAAAUGGUAGCCAAUCGGAUACACAGACGCAUUUCUAGCGGGCAGGGGGUGCAUAUAUGGCGUGUGUGCAGGUGUUGGAUCUGCGUCGGUCGCAGAGGAAGCUCCCAAAGCGACCACCACUGCUGGACGUACGCAGCGAGAAACGCACAUCAGACACAGGGGGUGGGUGCCUUCAUGUGUGUGGUGUGUCUGUCCGUCUGACAUCCAUCCAUUCAUCAGGCCGUUCUUGCCGCAGAGUACACUGGAAGAAGUAAGCCCACUCACGCUUCAAAUGGAGUGUCGACGUGGGUAACACAUCUCUCUCUCUGUGUGUGUGUGUGUGUGUGGUGUGGACAGCGAUGGAUGAGGUGCUCCACGACGCCAUCGAGGCAGACGGCGAACGCCAAAGCGACGAUGAGGACGAUACCGACACUCGCUCAGGAGACGACCAGGGAGAGGAGGAUGAGUCGAGCGAUGAAGAGCACCAAGGGGAGGAUGACUACCACCACCACCACCACUCUCGCCACGGGCAAGACCGACCUCCAAGGCGCGCUGAGCAGAUGGCCAUGGACGCCCCAGGCACCUCAGAUGCUCCCUAUGAAGCCGCUGACGACGACAAGGACGAAUUCUACUCCACCCAGUUCUUCCCCCGGCCAUCCCCCACCUCCCCCUCCCCCUCCCUCUCUGCCCACGACGACGACCAUCACCCCCAGUCGGACUCCCACCAUCGCCACGUGACAUCGCAGAGCGUGGCCUUGCAGUUCGAGAAGGUGGCUCCUGCCCUGCCGGCCCGGUAUGUGGACAUGGCCUCUGCGGACCCCGCUGAGGGCAUGGUGCUCGACCCCACUAUGGAGCCCAAGGUGUAUCGGUCGGAGGCGCAGCGGGCGGGGGAGGGCGAGAGGGACUUUGAGCGAUUCGCCGAGAGAUGGUGAGGGGGAGGGGGAGGGGUGUGUGGUGCUGACUGGUUGGUAUGUCUGUGUGGCGUCAUCUCAUCUACCCGUUCAUUUCAUCAGGUGGAAGAAGAGAAGGCGGACACACUUUGCCUUCAACAAGAAGGUGAGCUGAGCGAGGGAGAAAAGGAGUGGGUAUGUGAGCUGAGCUUCAUCGAUCAUUUGCUGUCUGUAUGCAUCAUGCGAUGCAGCACUUCACCCUGGUGGAUGGACGCUGGCAAAUCACCGGCCCCACGCUCGCAGGCAAAUACCAACCAAAGAAGAGGUAGGUAUCUGUCCCACAUCCCACAUCCACGCACAGCACACACAAAGCCAGACAGACAGACAGACCCCCACACAGGCAGACAGACAUCCCUCUCCCCUUGCCCUCUUCCCUCAGGCAUGCCCCCCACACCGUUCUGCGCGCCCGCAUGGCCGAGCGGCUGCAGCGAGAGAGGCGUGUUCGAGCCAAGCUGCUGGCGCAGGGCAUCUCCACCCGGCCGCCAUCCCAAGAGCUGCAGGCCAUGAUGCAGAUGCAGACCAGCAGCAAGCAGCCAUUAUCGCGCCUGUCACCCAACCACCCCAUGUACCAGCCUUCAACAGCUGCACCACCAGCAUCAAGUCAGCAGCAGCAGCAGCAGCAGCAGAGUGCCCUCUCCCAGACUGACGGAGCUGUGAAGAGCUCGUCUUCUGAGGAGAUUGGGCGUCGUGGGUCGUCUGAGACCAACCUGCCAAGAGGUCAGUUCGUCGGUCAGUCACUUGACGCAUGGACCUUCGUCUGUCGUGUGUGUGUGUGUGUAUUGGCAUCCCUCCCUCCCUCUCUCUCUCCCUGCCCUGCUUUGUUUGUGCAGGUGUGUGUCGCAUGAGGCGUCGAAGUCGGCGGCCGCCUGUAGAUGUGCGUAGCUAGCCAGGCAGAUCAUUGUCGUGUGAUGCACGUCCCGGUCCGUCCAUAGAACGUUGAGUGAAUGCGAUGUGACUCACAGCGUUGUGACACAAAGACACAUGCAGUGAGGCGUAUCUGUGCUCGUCCGUCCAUCCAUGGCCUGGCCUAUGCAGGGUUGUGCAUCGGACUCAAAGACGGUUCGUGAGUGUCUGGGGUAGAGCG